AUGAUGGCUGCCGCCGGUAGAGAAUCCCACCGGUCAACCUCAACAGAGAGAACACUCCUGUCGCCCCCGGGGCGAGAGUCCGAGGAAGGUGCGGAGAGAUCAAGAGCAGGAGACGACGAGUCGAUCUUUGGUGGCGACCCCGCCGGCUUUGGUGCCGCUGGGCGCGAAGCUGGUGUUGGCAACGUUGAGGCUCUAUACUCUGACCAACAGACGGCUCCACGGGCCAAGAAACCCGCCAAGCGAGGACGCCGCAAAAACAGAUCGUCGCCCGGAGGGCCUUCGGAGGUAGCCGCCUCCGUUAACACUACGGGGGGCGACGUGCAUGCCACUGCAUCGGCCGCAGCAAGCGAGGGAGAAAAGGGCGGAGAGGUUUUGGGUGCCCCCCCCGCUGGAUCUCCAGCUCCUGUGGCAGGGGAAGUUGGUGGACUGGAUGGCGAUGGAAUGGAGUCGGCCCGGACGACAUCCGCCAACAAACCUUCGACGAGAGAAAGGUCCCAGCAGUUGUAUGAGAAACACCGGCAGACCCAGGAAAAGCUGAGGGCCAAAAGGGACGAGACCGCUACUACUGGCUGCACCUUCGCACCACAGCUGUCGUCCAAGCAGAAAGGCAGAAAGUCCGAGGAAGGCGUUACAUCAGACCACCUCUACAAGGACUUCAACAAGCAACUGGAGAAGAGGGAGCGAUUGGCCCAAGAGGAAAGCAAGAAGUUGUCCUUCCGCCCGGUGCUUCCCACUGCCAGCAGGUGCUGGAAAAACGCACUCUAUUACAUUGGUACCCCCCUCCACUUCGCCGUCUCUGCACCGUGCCUGUCGCCGCCUGCUGCCGUGGGUGUCUCAAGCCGCCUGGCAGCCAAGAUGUCGGCGACUACCCCAGUGGAAUGGCAUAAGCGGGCGGAGGACAAGUCCAAGGCCACCGCCGAGGACAUGUACAAGGAGUGCACCUUCUCCCCCGACACGGUCGUCACCAGGGCCCUGACGAAGAAGAUUCUGGCUGCCAAGGGGAAGCAGGCCCCGGUGGCGGACCGGCUGUACGCAUCUCCGGAGACACAGGCGGCGCUGGCGAAGAGUCGCGAGGAGGCUAGGGCAGCCAAGGAGCUAGCGGCCUGCACUUUUCGUCCGGACACCUCUGGCUCUUCCAAGCGGUCGUCAGCGGGAAGCGGGCGAAGGGACUCCGCGGGGAACACGAACGCGCACGACAGGCUCUUCGGGCUCCACGGGGAGAUGCUCAUGUCCAAGCAGGCCAAGCGGGAGGAACUGGCGGCCAAGGAAGGCAUGACGUGCACCUUUUCCCCCGCCCUCGUAGCCAAAUACGUACCCAAAGGCGGGAAGAAGCUUCUCAGCGUCGACACCGAGAACGAGCCCGUGUACGAGCGGCUCUACAGCGCGAGGGGCCGGGCUCAGGCCCGUGAGGCCUUCGUGGACCCAGAGUGCACGUUUCAGCCACACUUCAAGAGCAAGUCCGUGUCGUCGUCGCCCCGGCGCCGUGACAACCCGGAGGGAUCUCGGGUAGACGAGAUGUACAAGGUUGGGAAGGAGAGACAGGCAAACGGCCAGGUCGCAGUCUCCGAGGAACUACACGGCGAGUUUUCGAGACCAGGACGAGGCGAAGGAGAUGGAGAUGUGCACCUUCCAGCCUGACGUCUCGUCCUCACAGAACGGUCGCUUCAAGGCGGGGUCCCGGGGUCGUGCUUUGUUCGACACUCUCUACGCCAAGCACGUCGACAAGGCCAACGCCAGGGAACGCGUUCGCGAGGAGGAUAUGAAGGCGUGCACCUUCUCCCCUCAGCUGGCCUCUCACAAGACGCGCAUCGGGCGGAGCCUUAGCCCGCAGAGGCAGGGGCCGGUGUACGAGGAGCUCUACAAGGAGGCCAGCGCGCAGCGGCUCUCGAGGACUCUGAGCGCGGACCGCCUCCAGUCGCAGCAGUGCCCCUUCAAGCCCCAGCUGGCGACGCGCCCUCGCUCCCCGCCGGCUACUUCGUCCACCACGGCCGACCCCGCCACCACCACCGCCACCGCCGGCGGAGGACAAGGCGAGACCGGCGCCCAGUCCCCCCUCGAGGCUUCCUCGGACGAUGCCGCAGCAGCAGUGGCCG